AUGAAAAACAAAUUACCACCUCGAAUGCCUAGGUCAUCGGGAAUAGCGAAACUAGCACCAUUUGGUGCUGCCAGGCGUAAAGAUUAUACACCAGUAUCGUGGAGGCAAUACUUUCAAAAAUAUGAAGAUGUGGAGACUGAAGGUGGAACAUUUCGAGUGUAUCUGUCCCCAGAGCCAGAUCAUCCCUCAAGGCCUCGGAUAGUAACUCUGCAUGGUGGUGGAUACUCUGCAUUAAGCUGGUCCUUGUUCACUGAAGAAAUAACAAAUAUGAUCCACUGUCAAGUUGUAUCCAUGGAUAUAAGAGGCCAUGGUGAGACUAAAGUGAAAGAUCCUGAUGACUUGAACAUUGACACAUUAGUUAGGGAUGUGGAGCAAGUCAUACUUAAGCUAUAUAAUGAGGAGCCGCCGCCUCUUAUCCUCUUGGGUCACUCAAUGGGCGGAGCUAUUGCGGUACGUGCGGCACACUCGCCUGUGCUCGAUAAUUAUGUACAAGGCAUUGCUGUUAUUGAUGUUGUCGAAGGAACGGCGAUGGAAGCUCUGGCCAGCAUGCAGAGUUUUCUUAGGGGUAGACCCACACAUUUCAAAAGUAUCGAACAUGCAAUAGAAUGGUGUGUACGGAGUGGUCAAGUGAGGAAUGUGGAUUCUGCGAAAGUUUCGAUGCCCAGUCAGAUCUUGAACUGUCAGACUGGUCUCCUAGCUACGAACGAGGUGGAGUCGUACAGCAGCGAUGGAAUGGUCCAUACACCGGUCGCCACUAGACACGCGCCUCAUGCAGACCGCAUCGCUGAGGAGAGCGACGACAACGAUGAAGAUAACGACGAAUCCGACGCAACCGACGCUAAACACGCAAAGACCGACGAGAAUGAUGCCAUACACUCCAAGAACGACGCUCACACGAAGAACGACGUACAAUCUAAGAACGAUACUGCAGACGUAGCGAGCAAUACUGAAAACGACACGAACAACGCUAAAAACGGUGACGGCAACGCCGAAAACGACGCAAAUAUCCCUAAAAAUGAUGAGAGCAUCCCUAAGAAUGAUGAUAGCAACACUAAAAAAGAUGAGGGCAUCCCUAAAAAUGAUGAGCGCAUUACUGAAAAUGAUAUAAACAACUCUAAAAUCGACGACAGCAUCACUGACGAUGCGCAUUUCGCUCGUCCUAACGCUGUUGGGGAUGGUGCUGCAAUGAAGUACAAAUGGCGCAUAGACCUAUCUCGUACUGAGAAGCACUGGGCUGGCUGGUUCGGGGGCCUGUCUAACGCAUUUCUACAUACAAGAGCUCCGAGGCUACUCCUGCUCGCUUCCGUCGAUGGACUUGAUAGAGAACUGACAGUGGGACAAAUGCAAGGCAAGUUCCAAAUGCAAGUUUUAACAAGAUGUGGUCACGCUGUGCAUGAAGACACUCCAGGGGAGGUUGCUCGAGUGGUUGCUUCAUUUGCUCUCCGGCACAGGCUCACCUCGGCCACUGAAAACGGCGAGCAUAUGAAUCUCGUAUCGGCUCCCGGAUGCUGA